AUGGCUCCAAAAGGAGGAAGAUUUUUCUUUCUUCUUAUUGUGGCCUGUGCAGUUUUGGCUAAGCCCCCAUAUAAGAGGCCUGGAGAACGUGACUUCAAGGACAUGGCCAAAAAACUGAAAACAUCAGAGCUUCGUGCCAGUCACUACUUCCACCUGCUGCACACCAUGACUGUCAUGACAGGGCCCCAUAACAUGUUUGACACUAAAAUCAAGAUGUGGAAUUGCACCAAUCUUGCACACAUGAUCAGGCUGAUGAGAAACUCUUCUGAGGCAUCUGCAUGUUACGUGCGAGCAUUUUUGGCCCCUGUGUCCUGGGCAACUUUGACCACAAAUAGUGAAAACAACAUGGACUCAGAUGACUAUGACACACUGCUGUGGGCUGCCAAACCCGCACUGCUGGACAUGCCUUCUUCAAGAAUGAACCUUCCUUCCAAAGCAGAGGGACAAAACAUGAAAAAGAUGAUGAAGAUGCUACAGGAGAUGUUUGAUCCCAUGUCUGACAAUCAAAGGACUCGGGUGGCCCAAUGGGCAAAAGAGCAAAUCACUCAGAAUUACUUCAACUGCACAAUGAAGCCACCAUCUGACUCAAGAUCAACACAUCUGGAGCGCUGCAAAGCUUCACUGAAAUGGCUGAACCUGGAAGCGAUGACCAUGAUGGGGCCGUACCUCUCCCGUUUAGCACCACCUGAUGUUGAUUCCUCUCCCAAAGAAAAGCUGUGUAAAUUUUUCCGCUCAGCCAUGUUCAGAUCCACCUUGAGCAGGGCGACCAGGAUGACGCCCAGCCUGGGCAAGAAGUUCCUCCAGAGAGUUCAGGAUUGCUUCAGUGAGAAGGAGGAGUUCGCAGAGCAUACGGACAAGCUCGGCACACUGGCUUGUUAUUAUUAUGAUGCUCCAGACUUGACUAUUGAGCUCAGCAAGAAACUCCUCUCUCAGCUUGACAACUGCGACAACCCCAGAAUCAGACAGCUGAAGAAGCGCCUUGUCAAGUCUGUGAUCUCAAAGUCCAACGCUGCUCAAGCACUACGUGAGCUGGGCAGUAGUGUUACUAUGUUGUCUCCCAAACAACUGUCCAUGCUCUCUGACACUGAUCUCAAAGAGGUUCUCAAAAAUCUGGGACCCAACGUCCAGUGGACACGUGGCCAGAUGCGCGCUCUGCUCAAGAAACAGCUGGGUGAUAAGAAGUGUAAAGAGGUGUCAGGUGAGGAGCUGAUGGCCCUUCAGUCGGUUGCAGAAGGUUUGCCGAGCUGUGUGCUCAAGCACAUGAAAGCCCGGGUGAUCCUUGAAGAUAGAGAGGCUCUGAAGAACAUCUCCAAGAGGAUGAGGAAAGGGCAGCUGAAGGCCAUGCUGGAGGGGCUGCGUGGGGGUGUGGAUCCCUCAGAGCUGGUGCAGAAGUUGUCCGGCCCUUUGCUUCGCCGCAUUUCUCUAAGCAGCCUGGAAAAAGCAAACAUCACCUCUUUGGACCAAGUGGAGAAUAAAACGUGGAGUCGGCCACAGGCGGCAUACCUGGCAAAAAAGAUGCAAGACCUAAAGCAGCUUCAGUUUAGGAGGCUGCGGUCAGUCCUCCAGGGCAUAACAUGUAAGAUGAUCGACAAAGUUGCUGACAAUGACACGCAGAACAUGGCUCAGGCUGUAGCAGAGACUCCACAGUGGCUCUCCAAAGUGCAGGCAGGAUGUGCUGCCCGAAAGCUUUUUGCGACUUUGGAGAAAGAGAGAGCCGACUAUUUCAAAACCAUCACAUCGGAGGAGCUGGAUAAGAUUCCCGCCUUCUUACUUCCUCACCUGCCGCCUUCCAAGGUGAAGGAUUUGCCUGACUCUGUGUGUCCUGUCUUCAUUGACAAGAUGGAAAUGGCCAACCUGAGCUCAUUACCUCUCCGCGCACCGUCUCGCCCUGUACUCACUGAGAAGGCUCUGAACUGCCUGACCAAAGAAGCGGAUUUCUCCAAACUGACCUCUGAGGAUGUGUCCAGGCUUGGACAGCUCUUGUGCGAGCUGACGGCUUCCCAACUGCGCCUCAUGGCCACAGAUGUCAUCAACUCCACCCUCCAGGCCAUGGCUUCCUGCCAGCACAUUCCUCAAGGCCACAAGGCAGAUCUUAUUCAGCUGGUCAACCAGACUUUUGGGGAUCCAUCUGAUUGGUCCGCUGAGACUAUGGAAGAACUGGGUCCUAUCCUCCUUUUGGAUGAUACUGCCACAUCUGCUCUGCCCAAUAAGCCUUGGAUGAAGGACGUUCUCUACUUUCUGAAGUCACGCCUGUCCCACGUCUCAGACGCCCUGAGAAAGAAAUUCUUUGAUCUCACCACCACCGCCACCAACACAGCAAAUGCAGCACGCAGAAAGAGAGAAGGUGAGGAAGAGACAUCUUGUCUAACAGUAACGAUGAUUGAAGAACUGGGAAUGGCCAACGUCUACUGGUUGGCUCCAGAGCUGAACAGGAUGUCAAAGGACACUUUCCUUGCUACUGUAGAAAUACUUGGUGCCAUCCCUGACUACAGUGCAGACCAGCUGGAUGUGCUAAGUAAAAAAGCAAUUGAGGCUUUCGGCCCAGUGUCAGAGAUGACUGAGAGCGAGGUGAUGCAGAUGGGAUGUAUAACUCAGGGCUUCUCUGGCGCAGACCUGGAGAAGCUCCCCUUCACUCUGGAUGCUGUGGAGGAAAUUGCCCACUGUGGCUGGAAUGACUCACAGAUGGAGCUGGUGUGGAAGGCUGUUGCUAAAUAUAACACCCUGACAGCGCAGCAGCUGGGAACUUCAGAUAUGGUAACAUUGAACCGGUUCAUCUGUGGCCUCACCUCCGGAGAGAUCAAAAAGCUUGACAAGGAAGCUUUCAAGGAUGCUGUGGGCUCAAUGGAUGGCAUUCAGUGCUCCUUCAACGUUACACAGGAGUUGAAAAUGCUUGCUGUGUCAGUGUUUGGAAACCCCAGCACCUGGAAUGAAGCACAAGUGUCUGACUUAGGCAACAUCAUUGCUGGGUUGGAUGCAAAUGAGUUGGCUUCUAUGGACCCAUCUCUCUUUUCAUUUCUCAGCGACACCAGCAUCCCACUCAUACCACCAAACAACUUCGCUGCACUCUCUGUUGCUCAGCUCGAGGCUCUUGGUCCUGACAACGCUGCCAUGGUAACAACUAAACAACGAGCUGCGCUCAGAGUCACACAGCAGGCCGCUCUCGAUAGGGCUCUGACUGGAUCUCAUGAGCAAACAAAAACUAGCCAUUCAGGAGCUCCAUCACUGAGUGUCGAGGGGAUCUCGGCUUUCGUGAAGCCCCUUCUGUUUCUGUUCAUGGGGUUCCUGCUGCUGUGA